GUCAGACCGUCAGACUGAGCCGCAAAGCAAGUCAAGUAGCCGCAAGAACUGCGCUCUCUUCGCUUUCAGGAUGUUUUCCCGGCUCUCUUGUUCAGUAUCUGGAUAUCGUCCGUUGGACCUUAACCGCAGACUUGGGAAAUAAUUCCUAUUUGGGAAACUUUGGCGGCUCUAUAGCUAAUGAAGAAUAGCUAGUUAAGCGAACCGUGGCGAAGAUUAGCUAACUAAGCUAAUAACCAUAUUCAAUGAGAGGAAGAGAGUGCGCUUUUCUGCAGGUUUAUCUGAACCCAGAGACUACUUUUAGCUCUUUAACAAUGCUCUAGGUCUCUAUAACCAGCUUGCGUAGUUUGGGACAUCUAUAUGGCUUUCAAAAGCUACUAUGGAGUACUGCAACGCGGAUCACAAUAAGCAUAAUUUGUUUUGGGGGUUGAGAUCAGUGCUGUUAUCGGUUGUGGGAGAUUGCUUUCGCCGUUCCCUGACUAAAUACAUACUAUGAGGUUGCCAGGAUAUUUCUCAGAGGAGGUGUGUUAAGCUGUGAUCGUCGUUUUCAUUUGCAAAGGAUGUCCGACUUUGAGAGUUCCAGUUCAUAUUUUGGUUUGGAGGAUCCGCAGUGGCUAUGCAUGGUCACACUUUUCUUCGCAUCCCUGGUUACUCUAAUACUGUAUUUCGUACAGUAUUUCCAAAAGGGGCGUGUAUUAAAUAGGGAGACAGCAGCAGAGGACAAUGCGGCGAAGGAGGAAGCCGCGGCUCUGCUGGGAUGGGCGCUGUCACUAAAAAGCUGGAAAAGCCAGUGGAGAGGAGCUUGGUGCAGGGCUUUGAAUGACCAAUCAAGGAAGCGUGGGAGUCCUGUUCUGUUGACAUUUGAAGAGGGCGAUCUUGAGGCAUCUGAGCUCAUGGUCAGCCAAGUGUCCAGCUUUCAGAAGUCUGCCAGAAACAAGGCCGCUUGCUGCAGUGUUGUUGGGGAGAAGCUUCAGUUCUCUCUCAGUGCAUCAUCGGCAGCCAUGGCUACAGCAGAUCCUUGUAAAUACACAGUCUGUAUAGCUCCACUGGAGCUGCAGCUCGACCUACAGAUGCAGGAAGCUGAAGAUGAGGUCAAGGUGAGCUGGGGAGUGGCUCACCUGGACACGGGGGAGCUGCAGGUGACGCCCACCUUCACCCAGGACAAUGCCAACACUUCCAGUGCAGCAGCCAUAAAGGAGCAGUUGAGGCGGCUGUUGUGCGCGACGCGUCCCUCUGUGUUGCUGAGCUGCAGGCCCGCUCAGGCCUCAGAGGUCAAGGAAGCACGGAACAACAUGGCUUCACCCCCGAAACCCCCCCGCGCCCACGACUGGAAGCUGCUGGUGAAGAACAUCCGGGUGACACUGAAUCAGGAGGAGGAUGCUGCAGGCAGCAUGAAUCCUCUGUGUGUAAUGCAGUUGGACGAUCCUCCACAGAAGUUUAACACCUCGAUUUUAAAGAACACAACCAAUCCUGCUUGGGACCAGCCGUUUAUCUUUGAAUUGAAUGGACGAUCAAAAGAGCUCAAUAUUCAGUUAAUGAAUGACGGCCAACCUCAAGAGAGUUCAUUACUUGGUCGGGUGUCAGUUCCUUUUGAUCUUGUAAAGAAGCAGCCCAAAGGACAGCAAACAUUUGCACUCAUGACCAAAGACGUAGUGACUGGAUCACUUACUACUGAUUUUACCUACCUGGAGCCCAGUGAGGUGAGGUCCUGGCACCCCCCAACCCCAGCCUCCAAUAAGAGGGUGGAGAUGGACCGUACAGUCAUGCCCUGUGGCACGGUGGUCACUACCAUCACCGCAGUGAAGAGCAAGCCGGGUCGACCACCCUGUCUUGGACUCAACAUAGAUCCUGCCCAGAAAGCGGUGGCCAACAAGCCCAAGCUGUCAGAGCGCUGUGUAUCAGAGCAGGCGUCUAUGCUGGGGGCCACAGUCAGCAAGGCCUUGUCCUCUUCUGAUACUGAGCUGCUGAUGCUCAAUGGCACGGACCCUGUGGCCGAGGCCGCCAUCAGACAACUCCACCAGUCUGCCAAGCAGAAGCUCAAGUCCCCAGUGAAGAAGAGUACCAUCAUCAUCUCCGGCAUUGCCAAAACGCCGUUGUCUCAGGAUGAUGAGCUAGCUCUGAUGGCGGGCUACGCUGCAGCGAUGGACGCCUCGAUGUCUGAGGGUAGCUCCACUCAGGAUAUGACCGCGGCACUUGCAACAGGGACCAGUAGCCCUCCAGACAUGUCCGAGCCCCAGGAAGGCCCCAGUGGAAUAGGCCGGCCUCCAGAGGACUGGGAGAGCCAAACCGGAGAGGAACUAGACCAUUCCUCGCUAUCCAUGUGUGUGUCUGAGGCAAGCUGCAAGAAGAGAAGAGGCAGCUUCCUUCAGAAGGGUGCCAAGCUCUUCUUCCGGCGGCGGCACCAGCGCAAGGACCCGGGGAUGAGCCAGUCGCACAAUGACCUGGUUUACCUGGAGUCUCCGGCCGCAGUGGAGCGGGCCAGUCGAACGGCCACGCUUAGCCGCAUGCUCAACCGCAAGAGUAAGAAUAAGAGCAAAGCUAACGGCUCUACCUCCAUGGGGGAGCCACAUGCGUGACCCCCCACCCCCUCUCCCUUCUCACCUUAGUCCCUCUUACAACAACUACCAUCACCACCUCAAACUUGCACUGGCAAACCUCCUGGCUAACUUACUCCCAUGAAUGCCCGACCUGCAUAUUUAGGGGCUCCUUUAUUGUAGAUGGGGAAGCUGUGCAGAUGGGGGAAAAAAAUCAUCUUUUACUGCCGUUUCCUGCUUCCUACAGUAUAAGAAGCAGAUAUUCCAUCAACAGCAAGUUGCACAGUGUGUGCAUGUGUGAAUGAAGGUCUAAUGACGCUUCCAAGACUAUUAUUUUUGCAUGUUCCUUUUUUAUCUUAAUUUUAUGCAACAUUUUAAAAUAUUUAAGUGCUUUUGUGGCCUUGUUACAGACAGAAGGGACUGAUGUGCCUCACUGACUCUGAUACCUCUUUCACACCAAUGACCCGGGGCGGACCAGGCUUUUCUGACCCAUGUUCAACCCUCCUUUUUGUCAAUUCAAACCAAGCCAGUCAACAGGGGUUGAUCCUUGUUCAUGAGAUUUCAGAUACGACCUGGGUCACAACCCAGACGAUGCAUACCAAAUAGUCCAGGUCCUGGAAAUGGGCGGGGCGGUUUACACUGUAGUAGUGCGUUCCAUUUGUACUCGAAAGUCGGAUUUUCCGAGGUCAAAGUCAGAAACACGCCCCCUGACCUCGGUUUUCUGAGCUCGGAACUCUGACAACCACUGAGUACCCCGAGCUAAAAAUCCAACAUGGCCGCUCCGUGCAUCAACAGCUGUGAAAGCUUUAGUAACAUACAGUUAUAAGCACUUCUGUCUUACUUGUGUCUCACUAAAUCAGUCGUACACACAGUGCUGUCCAUCUUCUAUCUGUGGACGUGUUGUUAAGCUGUUUGAAUGCACAAAAAACAGCGUAAUGCGUUGUUAUCAACUGACAUUACUAAUAAUGGCUAACCUGGCUAGAGCUAAUGAAAACAAUGAAAAUUGGACUUAUAAAUGGGACGCAUUCAACUCAGGUGGGACGUCAUUCCCAGCUCCGAGUUCCGAAGUAAAUGGAACGCACUCUCAUUCAGUGAACGGCUGAUGUCGUCACAUACUCUAGUCCAGCUGUACACCACCAGAACUAGUGCAAGAGAGACAGUGCUGUGGAUGGGGGAAUUCAAAUAAAACACCCCCCCCCCCCCCCAUUUCCAACCAUUGCUAUAAUUUGUCCCGUCCCAGUUUGUUAGCGACCCUGGUCGUGUGCAGUCGAUGGACGCGGGUUAACCCUUUCGAACACAAAGUCGACCCUGGUGGAGCCCUCUGUGUGAAAGGGGUAUGAGGGUGAAGAGUAAACUCUCCCUGCUGCAAUCCGUGAACUUCCUACAGCGGACCAACAGGACCAAAGAUGAAGAGAAGGGUGGUAUUUGUAUGAUUUGCACAAUUUUAGUAUCUAUAUUUAAAGUGCAAUGAUAGGAGCUACUCUUGUUGUAGAGAUUCGUGGUAAAAAAAAAAAAAAACAUUCACAGAGGGAGAUGAUCUAUUCAUUGCACGACCGGUAACACAAAUGCUUUUUGACACUAAAACUAUGAAAUAUGGUCUUUUAUAUCACUUAAUUUAAAACCCUUGUAAUUUUACUGAACAUUAAACAAUUUUAAAACAGCUAUAUGUAUAAUACAUGAAAGCUGCAAAACAAAGCUAUUCGCAAAAUUGUCCGCCCUAUGUCUAACAAAGAUUGCCCAACCAGUCAUGUAUGAUUGGCAUGUACAGAGGUGGCGUUCUCAUGCAACACUAGCCAUUCACUUAUCACCCUACGUGAGUGUUUUUUCAAAUGAUAUGCAACUAUCUUCUUUGUCUUCCUAAAAGAUUGUCCCUGUACACUACUGGUAACAGCAGGAUUGUUAAUGUGUCAAAAGGGAACUGAAAGAACCAUUUAUCCAGAGACUGUGACGUUCCACUCGGCCGUACUUGUCGCAUUACCUACUAAUGAAACAAGUUCAACACUCAUUUCCUCUGAAUGAAAACCUCAUUCUUUUAUUGGAUGUUUUCUUGUUUUUAAAAAAAAAGAUGUAGCUUUGAACACAUGAACAAGAUAACGUGUGAACACCUUUGGGAGCAACCAAAUAGUUUGGCUGCCUUUUUUUUUUUUUUUUUAAAUCCAGCUAAUGAUUGUAUCUUCUUUUUUGUGAGCAGCUCGUUGAAGACAUUUCUGUCCAUCACGUUAACUACUGUAUCUUCAAAAUGUGCUCAGAGAAGGGAUGCAACAGCAGCGGCGACGGACAGACCUUAACAAGAUUGUCUUACAGUUGUUCUGAGGAUGAUGUCACGGGCGGACUUGUCCCUUGACUUUACGUGACGUGACUUUUGGUUCCUGAGGCUGCAUCCGCCAUCACACCAGAGGACUGCAGGACCGUAGCGAACUGUUUGGAAAGACUCUUGAGAGACAAGGGUACCACCAUGCUCCUGCACCCAUCAGCAAUGUCUAUAAUCAAGAAGCCUAUGCACAUAACAUCUGUUAAAGAGUGUUUACAUCAUUGGACUCUGAGAAUUAAAAACACUUGCGGUUCACGACACUGUCCUGCAGAUACAGUAUGGGUUGUCUUUGUGUACAACAUGGUAGAGCUGUGAUCCCUUCUCGUCACCUGCUCUCUUCCACCAUUAUUGACUGGGGGGGGGGGGGGGGGGGGAAGACAUUUACUUUUUUCAGACAGAAUCCCUUUUAAACUGUGAGGAAGGGAGGGGGGGAACAGUUUGUUUAAUCAUGCUCAGCUUCAGAGCCUUUGCUUAUGGCAGCCUUGCAAGCCUUGGCUACAGUUAUGCAUUUAUAAGCAGUAGGGCUGUAAGUGAUUAAUAAACUACUUCCUGAUGGGUUUUUUUUUAAUUGGCAUGUGCUCUGUGCCCAGAAACUGGCUGACUUAGCUGUUGUUGCAUAAUGUCAGUCUUUUCCCUGCAGGGAUUGUAACUAAUACACAUAUCGAGUUAUUUCAUUUUUUUUUUAGCAAUAAAUAUUGAUUGAAUAACUGAGAA